UGAAAAUGAAACCUGACCCUACCAAACCGGAGUCCAGAUUCCAGAUCAGUUGAGCUUCAUUUCAUGCAUGAAAUGAAACUGCACUGCUCGCCCAUCAUAUCUCCCACCUACAUGUUAAAAAAAAAAACUUUACACUUUAUUCUAAUCAUAGCUCCACCUGAUUAGGCAUAUUAAAUAGGAGCAGUUCUUAUGCUCCAAAAACAUUAUUAUAGUACAAUGUCUAGUACUUUAAAGCUUCGUAAGUUGUAACAGAAGCCUAUUUCUCCUUCAAAAUGAAAAACCUCUUCAGCUAGCCACCUUUCAUAUGCACUCGAGAAACCCUUAAAAAAAGCUGUCCCCAAUUCAUAGCCAAAAAGGAAAAAAGAAGGAAAAAAAACUAAACCUAAAGAAAAUGUCUCAAAAUCUUACAAAACCAAACAACAGCUUCAGUUCAAAACCGUCACCGCUCUAUGCUUUUCUCUUCCUCAUAAUCCUCUGCAUUCUAGGUUUCUACGCUGUCCAUUACCCACCAAGAAAUGCCAAAAAUGCCCGUCUUUUCCAGCAAAUGUUCCUCUCUUCUGCCACCAACUACACCAUCUCCUCCUACCUCCGUUCGCUCACUUCCCACCCUCAUCUCGCCGGCACAAAACCUUCCCUCGAAACGACACACUACGUUAAAACCCACUUUGAAAACCUUGGCUUGGAAACCCAUACGGUGCCGUUUAAGGCCCUUUUGUCUUACCCUCUCCAUGCUUCAAUUUCAAUGCAUUUCAACAACGGCACCGUAUUAAGCUUGCCUUUAAACGAAAUGGGUAUUGCUAGUUAUGCGUCUUUAGGCUUGAUACAACCAUACCAUGCAUAUUCUCCGUCAGGAACGGCGCAGGGUGAUGUUGUUUUUGUGAACUACGGGGGCGAAGAUGACUAUCGUGCCCUGGGAGGGAUGGGGGUUAACGUUAGUGGCUGCAUAGUGAUAGUUAAAAAAGGUGGUAGUUUGAGUAGAGGAGCCGUUGUGGAAAUAGCUGAAAAAAAAGGUGCUUUGGGGGUGUUAAUAUAUGCUGAAAGGAAUGUUUCAAGGGGUAGUUUUGGUUUUGGAGUUGAAAGAGGGACAGUUAUGAAGGGAGUUGGGGACCCUUUAAGUCCUGGAUGGGCUGGGGUUGAAGACGGGGAGAGGUUGGAUUUAGAGGACUAUAAGGUUUUAAAAAGGUUUCCUGGAAUUCCAUCCUUGCCCUUGUCUUUUGAGAGUGCUCAGCUUAUUUUAGAGUCUCUUGGGGGUCCUUUGGCGCCGCAACAAUGGAGGUAUUCCGGUCGGUCUAAGUUGUCCCGGGUUGGACCGGGUCAGGUUAUGUUGAAUUUGACUUACCAGGGGGAGAAAAGGUUGGCAACAAUUCAUAAUGUAUUUGCUGUCAUACGAGGGUUGGAAGAGCCAGAUCGCUAUGUGCUUCUGGGGAAUCAUAGAGAUGCAUGGACAUAUGGUGCUGUUGACCCCAACAGUGGGACUGCAGCACUUCUUGAUAUUGCUCGAAGAUAUACCCUUUUGAUGCGAAAUGGUUGGAACCCUCGAAGGACAAUUAUUUUUUGUAGUUGGGAUGCUGAAGAGUUUGGCAUGAUUGGUUCCACUGAGUGGGUUGAGCAGAACCUUGUGAAUCUUGGUGCAAAAGCUGUGGCUUAUCUUAAUGUAGAUUGUGCAGUGCAAGGGCCUGGAUUCUUUGCUAGGGCAACUCCUCAGCUAGAUAGUCUUAUUUUUGAGGUCACAAAGAAGGUCAAGGAUCCUGAUUCAGAAGUUGGUGCAAUAUAUGACAAGUGGACAACCGUGAAUGGAGUCAGCAAUAUCGAAAGACUCAGUGAAGUGGAUUCUGAUUUUGCACCCUUCUUGCAACAUGCUGGGGUUCCUUCUGUCGAUAUAUACUAUGGAAGAGAUUUUCCUGUAUAUCAUACUGCUUUUGAUUCCUUCAACUGGAUGAUAAACUACGCAGAUCCAUUCUUUUGGCGUCAUGUGGCUGUGGCUGGAGUUUGGGGUCUUUUAGGCCUUCACCUUGCUGAUGAUCCAGUUCUACCUCUCAAUUACCUUUCCUAUGCUGAACAGUUAAUGGAGCAUAAAGAUACCUUGAGCAGUUUUUUGGAUGCUAACGUAUCUCUUACUCCCCUAGCCACAUCAAUUCAAGAACUUGCAUCUGCAGCUAAACGAGUUAAUGAUGAAGCAAAGUCACUAAUGGAACAAGAAUUUCCUGGUGAUGUUUUAGCUUUGAAGAUGCGAGCAUUGAAUGACAGGCUAAUGCUUGCAGAACGAGGCUUCUUAGAUAGAGAUGGAAUUAAAGGACGGGAGUGGUUCAGGCAUCUUAUUUAUGGACCUCGGAGCAACCAUGAGAGCAAAUUGGUUUUCUUCCCCGGAAUAUCAGAUGCCAUUGCUGAAUCGGUGAAAAUGAGCAAAAGCGAUGGGCAGGCAGCAAUUCAGCAUGAGACAUGGAGAGUUGCUAGAGCCAUUCAAAGAGCUGCUGCUGCACUCGAAGGAGAACUCACCUGCUGAAACUGAUCCGGCGACAGUCAAACAU